AGGUCCGACAGUUGUGGCUGUGAUGGCUCGAUGAAAGUGGAAGCGCCGCGGAGGGGAAUUCCUUUUGUAAGGAGAACUGCUUUGCGCCAGUGGCUGUCACGGAGCAGGCGGACGGGGUCCGAGUGAAAUGCCGGUUUAUCAACACUGAUAGCCUGCUGUGAAAAUAUCGUCCAAAGGCUUUUCUUAGGACAAACUUCGAUCAGCUUGGGUGAAUGGCCAAACCACAAGUAUGAAUACCUCUCAACUUGUUGAGCUAUCUACCUAGUUAUACCAGUGUGAAUUGCCAUGACGACGGCCUCAGGGUCAGACUCCGGGCCUCCAAAGGAGCGUCAGGAGGAACCAAAGGAGGAGAAGAAGAAAGAGAAGAGGAGAGGAAAGAGAAGGGGUGGAGGAGAGCAGAGGAAAGAGCGGAAGAAAGAGGAGCAGACUGCUGCACAGACGCCAGUGGCAGCCAGCACAGCUCCGUCUCGCUCCCAAACGCCUUUGACAUCACACAGGCCUCCCAGAGAGAGCUUCCCAGCAGAGGUUGUCGAGGACACCCCUUCCUCAUCAGCAAGCAGUAGGUUGGACACCCGUGGUUCCUCUGAGGAUCAGCGCUCCCACAGAUCAUCCAGAAGCUUCCGUCUGUCCAGACCUCCCCACGGCAACCCCAACCAGCUCAGGAAGAUGCAGUGCCGAAUCACACUACUGGACGGGUCUGACUACACCUGCACGGUGGAGAAGCGAGCCAAGGGCCAGGUGUUGUUUGACAAGGUGUGUGAGCACCUGAACCUGCUGGAGAAGGACUACUUCGGCCUCUCCUACCGGGAUGUGGAGAACCAGAAGAACUGGCUGGAUCCUGCCAAAGAAAUGAAGAAGCAGCUUAGCAAUGGGCAGUGGAACUUUGCCUUCAGUGUGAAGUUCUAUCCCCCGGAUCCUGCUCAGCUGCAGGAAGACCUAACCAGGUACUAUCUGUGUCUGCAGCUGCGUGAUGACAUCGUGUCCGGCCGUCUGCCGUGCUCCUUUGCCACACAUGCCGUGCUGGGCGCUUUCACAGCGCAGGCAGAACUCGGUGACUACGACCCAGACGAGCUGGGCAAGGACUACCUGAGUGAUCUGAGCAUUGCCCCCAGCCAGACCCGUGAGCUACAGGACAAGGUCAUGGACCUGCACUGCAACCACAAGGGAAUGAGUCCUGCUGACGCAGAGAUGCUCUUCCUGGAGAAUGCCAAGAAGCUGUCCAUGUAUGGAGUAGAUCUGCAUCAUGCUAAGGACUCUGAGGGUGUAGAGAUCAUGUUGGGGGUGUGUGGCAGUGGGCUGCUCAUCUACAGAGAUCGCCUGCGCAUCAACCGCUUCGCCUGGCCCAAGAUCCUCAAGAUCUCCUACAAAAGGAACAACUUCUACAUCAAAAUCCGCCCAGGGGAGUUAGAGCAGUUUGAAAGCACCAUUGGCUUCAAGCUGCACAACCACCGCGCCGCUAAAAGGGUAUGGAAGACCUGCGUGGAGCACCACACCUUCUUCAGGCUGGUGUCUCCAGAGGCUCCGCCCAAGCGCUUUCUGUCUCUGGGUUCUAAGUUCCGCUACAGCGGGCGCACGCAGGCCGAGACCCGGAAAGCCAGCUCUCAGAUACAGAGGCCCGCACCCAUGAUCCAGCGCUCCGCCAGCAAGAGAUACACCAUGUCCCGCAGCCUGGACGGGGCUCCAGUGACAUCCAACCACGACGGCUUGAUGAAAGAGCCCAAGGCUGCCUCAGACAAAAAUGCUAAACCUGCCACGAGCAGCCUUAUCACCCUGGAGACCCCAGAGAAAGUGGUAGAGGAGGAGACCAGUGCCACUGAGGCAUCUGACCCUGCCCAACCUGCUCCUGUUGCCAAGUCCUCUCCUUUACUCUUCUCCUCUGACCCGCUACGUUCGGAGCUCUCCCUCCCCUCAUCGCCGGUCAUCUCCGCUCGCUCCUCCCCCUGCCCUUCCUCCCCAGCCUCCAAGCUCCGUCGGCGCCGGCGACAUCGUGACCCCUCCGCCCAGCGUCAGCGUGCCGCCUCGGCCAGCCCCGCCAAGUCCACGGCGUCAGCCAGCCACCUGCGACGGCAGGCACGCGCCGAGCGCAAGGUCGCGCUCCUCGAGGAGCAGGCCCUCCUCCUCAAUGCCCGCAAGCAGCGCCUGGCCGAGGGCGGUGCUGGUGCCGGCGGUGGCGCCAAGGGUCGUGGGGGUACGCUCUUCUCCUUCUCACUGCACCUGCCGGAUCUGUCGUCGUUGCUGGAUGAGGACGGCUACCUGGCGUUCCCAGACCUGUCGGAGCUGAGCGUGCUGCCCGAGAGCAUGGCGCACUUCCUGCCCAUCCGCUCGCCCUCGCUCAUUCCCUGCUUCCUGUUCAUCUUCUUCUUCCUGCUGUCCACCUCCUUCUCGGUGCCCAUGGCGCUCACGCUCUCCUUCCCGCUGGCGCUCUGCCUCUGCUACCUGGAGCCCAAAGCCUCCUCGCUCACCGCCACGCUCGCGCAGGGCUUCCACGACAGCUCCGACGACGACGACGACGACGAGACGGACAGCGACCAGACGGACUUUCCAUGUGACGGUGAAACGACGGCCUCAGAGUCAGAUCAGGAGGACGAGGAGGCUUCCAGUCUGAAGACACAGACGGAAGAAGAUACCAAAGCCACACCUGACAACACACCUGAGGACCAGCAGCAAGAGACCCCAUCAGAGGACUCAUGUAAGCAGGAGUGGUCUCCAGCGCACCCUGUGGGUGAGGAAGAGAUAGGCAGGUGUGUGGAGCAGAGUGCGGUUGGAGGGGCACCUGACCACCGCUCUGACUGGGAGCGCGCUCUCAGAGAGGCCUACUCCGAGACACCACAGUUUGUCUGCACUCUCACCAGCUAUGAAGAUGAGGAAGAUGAAGAAGAUGAAGAGGGAUCUGUGAGAGCAGAGGGAUAUUCGUCGCUGUCACAGUGUCCCAGGGAGUCUUCGUAUGGAGCUGCCAUCAUGGGAGCAGGGGCAAUUCACGCCCAGUGGGAGACAUGGAAGAUCUAUACCCUGGCAGACGUCCCGGAGAUCCUUCCGCAAGACGCGAGCAGUGAUGAACGAACAAGCACUGAAGACGAGAGCGACAGAAGAGAAGAGGAGAGUGAGACUGAGAGAAAACAGAUCCCCUUAGAAAUAGAUGGUGCUAGAGAUGCCCUCAUAGCACUCGCCGAGAUGGAAUCCAUCUCCCGCAGACAUAUCCACACAGGACAAGAGGACCCAGAAGAGGCUGAUUACAGUGAGAGAGAGCAGACGGCUGAGACUUUAACUGUGCUGGGAGAGGGACGAGGAGAGUCACAGAGGAUCGUAUCAAGCUUUGAUGCUACCACACAGGAAGAGGUAGACAGUAGAACAACCACAGAGGAUGCUCCGUACGAGGAAGAGUUGAGCUUCAGAGGGGACUUCUGUUCCAGUCUCACGGACGAGUCUCUCACUGUACACUGUAGAACAGACACCGACUGCACUCUGUCCGAGGAGGACAUGAGCUUCAGGAGUAACUUUUGCUCCACCCUGACGGACGAGGCGUUCCAGAUAGCGCCUGGCUUUAGCUUGGAUCUGGCCCAAAUGUGGCAGCCUGGCAGAUACGCGCUCUGGUCAGAGACCCCUGCGGAAGAAGACACCAGCUACAGGUCCACAGAGACAUACACACCUCUCUCAGAAGAGGGUCAGCUCACACAACAGAUGUUCAGAGAGAAUAGUGACCAAGUAUCGUAUGCUGCUGAUACAGAGGAGGUGGAGGCCAGCUGUGUGAUGUCUGCCCAUGAUGCCUUUCUUCAGGUCGAAAACCAGGAAGGGAACACAGAGAAGGGACGUACAGUGUCUGCUUCUCCAUGGACCCCCUCUGAACUCUUUGUUGCCCAGGACCAGCGCUUCCAGAACCAGGAAGAGUCUGUUGAAGCAGGAACUGACUCAUGGGAUUUGUUUUGGUCAGCCCAAGAACAGGCUGAUGACGUCCGAGAGACUCGGUCCAAUUGGAGUGAGAUGUCAGCGGAGGUUUCUGAUCUGAUCUCCGAGGUUCCCCAAUGUCUCAAGAGGCUUGUGCAGGUCAGAGUGUUAGGAGCAGAUGAGGUGGUGGAACAGGAAGAGGAAGAUUUUCCAGAGAGGAGUCUUCACGACAGGUCAGAGGUCAACGAGAUGGAGCAUGCUCAGUUUGGCCUGCAGUCCAGUGUUGUCAACGCUCGCUACGUCACAAAAGCCUUGCCAGCGCUCCGUGUGGUGUCUAAAUUGUCCUACACAGGGAGCCCUGCCCAGUGUCCUUCCAUUCUGAUAUCUGAAGGGGGAUCAUGGGUUACCCCGCAGAAUACAGAGCUCACUGAGCAAGAGGUGGAAGAAGCAGGAAUGAUGAGCCCAAAAGACGAAGCCCCUCCCACAUCCUAUGAGUGCCUACAGGAGGAGCGAGGAGCCAUGGUGAAUGCUCACCCCGCAUUAGAGUGCCCUGUUGUGGCUACACAGGUGGAAGCCUCUCCCUUAGCCCUCAUCUCAACCACUGAAGAGGCCCAGGUUCAAACAGCAGAGGCGAAGGCACAAGAGGUAGUGCAGGUAGUUGAGGAGGAGCUUGUGUGGACAACACAGAGGACCCAUGAGCUUGUGGAGGAGGCAGAAGAGAGGGUUGGGGCGGUGGUCAAUAUUGAAAGUGAGAGCACAGACUCCCAGGUCCAACCAGAGGUGUGCAGUGCACCUGAGCCAGCAGUAGGGGGCACCACUGAAGAUCCCUGCAGAGAGGAAUCACCAUCAACUGUAGAGGGGGAUUCAGAUGUAAUUGACCUAGUAGAGGCACAGCCAGAGAAACAGCACAAACACCCUCAACAUGCUGAAGAGCUGAGUGAACCACAUCUAGAGGCCUUGGGGACUGGUGACCAGAAGGAAACUGAACAAGACAACCAGCAGGAGAAUGACCCAGAGGUUCAGGAAGAGGUUCAGAUGGAAGAUCACCCAGAGGUUCAGGAAGAGGUUCAGAUGGAGGAAUCGGCCAGAGAUGAAGAGCAUGUCACAGAGGAGCAGAGUUCAGCUCCAGAGAUGAACGGCCAUCCAAACGGACAUCUAGAAAAUGCUGGACAAGAACCUGGUAUGGUAGAACCGGAGACUGAAACAGUUCAGUGUCCAGAAGAACAAGCUGAAGAAGGCACAGAGGUCUCCAAGGACGGUGAGGUUGGUGAAGUAUCUGCUGAGGGGGCAGAAGAUCGUUCCACUGUACAAUCAUAUGAAGAAGAAAAGCCUGCUGGUUCUCCAGCCCAGCAAGAAGUAAUGUCAUCUGUCAGCGUUAACAAUGAAGUCAAGUUAAUCCAGUGCUCCGACAGGGCAGGGGACGCACCUAUAGAGGAAGUGUCGGAAGCUGUUGUGGUUGAAGAAGUAUUGCAUGUGCAAACGAUCACUGAAGAUUCAUCGCAGGAUCUGUCCGCAGAUGCAGAAGAGACCCUAGAGCAAGCGCAGAGUACGGAGUCGGAGGAGAACAGUGCUGAAGAGGUGGCCGGCACCAUAGCCAUGGAGGACUUGGCUGUCCCAACCAUAGAAGAAAAGGAGCAAGCCAGAGAGGAACAUGAAGUGAUUCGAGAGGAGAUACAGGAAGUGAACGAGGACAAACAGGAAGUAGAGCCUCACAAUGAGAAUGCAGAGGAGGUGAAGGCAGUAGCAGAGAAAGAGGAGGAGGAGGAGAAGAAAAAUGAGGAGGAUCCAGCCACCACAGAGGUCCCAGUCGUCCACACAGAGACCAAGACCAUUACGUAUGAGUCGGCGGAGGGAGACACAGACACCGAUGCUGACCCCGGUGUGCUGAUGAGCGCACAGACGAUCACCUCGGAAACAACCAGCACUACGAUGACCACACACAUCACAAAGACAGUAAAGGGCGGCAUCUCCGAGACCAGGAUUGAGAAGCGUAUCGUCAUCAGCGGAGACACCGACAUCGAUCACGACCAGGCUCUUGCUCAGGCCAUCAAAGAGGCGAAGGAGCAGCACCCGGACAUGGCAGUCACAAAGGUAGUGGUGCACAAGGAGACGGAGAUCUCCUCGUCCGAGGAGGUGGCCCACUGACCCCAGGAGGAUUAAGAUCUCAUCCAUCAGAUGGUGAUGUCCUUUUGCCCCCCCUCCACCCCCCCAUGAACCAGCAGACAAACCCCAUACACAAACCUAUUCUUUGACCUCCAGUCCAGUGCCAUGGCAACGUAGCACUCCAAUGAACGUUGUGGGUAUGACAGCCAGCCAAUCAUCUAUCUGACCAGUGAGCCAAUCACCA